AAAUUAUAAACACCCAUAACAAAAUUUGAUUCAAAAACUAAAUUUAUAAAUUAAUUUAAAUCAUAUAAUUCAAAUUUCUUUAAAUCUAUCUAAAUACCCAAAUUAAUUUGAUUUAUGCACAGUAAUGUUAGAUACGUUUUUUACCCUUUUUAACUCCCCUUUUAAAAGAGUUAGGGUCCAUGCUGCUAGCAAAACCUCCUUCGCGAAGUAAUUAAAAAAAAAAGAUUGUGAAAAACAAAAGAAUAAAAUUUAGCUUCAUCGUCGUCUUCGAUCAGGCAGACCCAAAUUCCUUCAUCUGCAGCUAUGCUAAAUCUUAGGGUUUCUCUUCUCCUUUCGCUCUUCUAUACUUCGAUUCUUCUCACCUCUCUUUCAGGGUUGAUUAGAGCGACGGUUGUAACUUUAGAUUCAAUUGAAAUAUAUAAUACUCAUGAAUUGUUUGGAGCAGCUCCAGAAGUUUAUUUUAAGUGUCAAGGUGAUAAUAGAACAAUAUCUUUACCUGAUGUGAAGAAGAGACACGUAUUGUAUGCGUUCAAGGGUGAAGAGUCUUGGCAGCCUCUGACAGAACUUGAAGCAAAAAAGUGCAAACGAUGUGGGAUAUAUGAGAAAGACUCAUUUAUAAAGCCUGAUGAUAUAUUUGAUGAGUGGGAGUUCUGUGCCUCCGAUUUUGCUAGUCCUGAUGGGAAGUAUAUUCAUUUCAAGGAGAAAGAGUUCAAUGCCACAUUCGUGUGUCCCGACUGUGUUCUUCUUGAAGGUGCUUCAAAUCACACCGAUGGCCCGAGGAAUAAGGCAAAGGGAAUGCACUGGGCUCUAGUGCUGCUCAUCUGCGUGUUAGUAACGACUUUUGUAGUUCUUGGAGCAGUGAUGGCCUACAAAUAUUGGCAAAAGAGAAAGAAGCAACAAGAGCAAGCUCGAUUCUUGAAGCUGUUUGAGGAGAGCGAUGACGUAGAAGAUGAAUUGGACAUUGGACCACUUAGUCAUGUCAUUUAGAGAGAAAAAAGAACACCCCCUUCUCAUGGUAUACCCUAAAACACUUGUACACAUGACUUUUGUUUUCAAUCUUUUUCUUGUGAAGGCUACUAUUGAGACUGUUUGUAUAGUGUAACUUAACAGAGGGAAAGUGUUGUAUAGAAUCAUUUUAUUUGCUAAGAGGAAUGCUAAACCGCAAAAGAAAUAUAUUUUGCUUAA